CGCGUGCUCCUGUUUUUAAAGUUUUUCCGAGGCGUUUCGCAAGCGCUCGCACCGCUGCGCCGUCUCAAAGCAAUGCUCUCUGUUAAUGCUCUCAGUACUCCAGCGCGCGAGCAACGCAGCGAGCGAUGACAGCGUUCACGCCGCGGCUCAAUUGGCGCUGUUACAGAUCGCCGGUGAUGCCUGUAGCGCUUGCCCGCCCACGCACGGCGCUCCAGCCCAGAGCAGCUGCUGAGGCUGCAGCAGGACGGGUUUUUCACGAACCUCGGGCUCCAUUCGUCUUGAAACGACCGGGCCAGUCGUGCAGGCGCAGUAGAAAGGAGAAGGACGGCUCUUGGCGUCAUAACUGAGGUCAAUUGCGGCUCCGCAGACCGAGAGCGCUUAUUGCCCUUCGGCGCGGCGCUAUAAAACACAGAGCAGCGCCGGUGCCCUUGGCCGAACACCAUUCGCUGUCGGUUCGCGCUGUGCGCGAGAAACAAGGCUGAACCGAGGCGAAACCACAGACUGCAAAGUUCUUCAGCAGCCGGCCACAGCCGAACGACACCCGCGCGCGACCCAGCAACGCGCGGCGCGGAGACGUGGGUCGCGCCAGCAGGCCCACAGCCGAAAAGCAACACCCGCGGCGCCCGGUAACGCGCGCCGCGGAGACGCCCACGAAGCGGCGCGGCCUCCAUGGACAUCCGCCCCGGCCAGAGCCCCGGCUCCAUCUUCGGCAACGCCGAGAACAAUCCCUUAGUCCAGUCGUUCGACGAGGAGUCCCCGGACAGCGUCCUGAACCCCGACGGCUCCGUCGGCUACCUAGCAGCAAGGCUGUCGAAGGAGCGCGGCGCGACUGCCGAGCGUUUAAAGACACUCACAGCCAUGGAGCAGCGCGGAGAUAUCGAUAGCAAGGAAAAAGGAGAUCUCAAGGACGCUUUGUUAGCACAAAAGUCCGACCUCGAGACGGCGCUCGACCGAGUAGCUAAUAGAGAAGCGCCCUUCCCGACGGCGCGGUCGCCGCCCGCGGCUCGUUCGUUAGAACAUGAGCUCCAACAUAUGAUGUCAUUGGACGACGUCGCCUCGACGUCCUUCGGCGGGCGGAACCAGACGCUCGCCUCGCCUCGAGGGGCCUCACUCUUGGAUAAUAUGCGCCAGCCCGUCUCCGGCUACUCGUUCCACGACGAAAGCGUCGCGCAAGCCGCGGCCAUCGCCGCGGCGGAGAUGCGAUCGUCGGGCGGCAACCUCAUGGGCUCCUACGACGGCGCGUCGUCCUUUUUGGGCGCGCGCAACAGCUUCCAGGGGCGACACUCGCCGCCGUUCGGCGGUGGAGGCGUACCGAGGCGCCUCUCCGCGCCGGGCGCACGGGCGCACCGCCCGUCGCCGCCGGCCGAGUUCGCGCCGUUCGCGGCUCUAAUAGACCAGGCUGAUGAUAUGCCUGGGUUCGAGUUCGAGAUGGAGAAUAGCCUGGGCACGACGCCGACGCCGAACGUGGGCUCGCCGAUCCGGCCGCGCGCCGAGGUGCAGCGCUUGAGAAGGCAGGGGUCCAUCGCCGACCGAGCGCGGGCCGCGGCGCCUAGGCCUGCGCCUGCUCCUCGACCGCCACCGGCGCCGCCGGUCACGUCUCCUGGGAAGCAUAGAGGCUGCUCGACGACGAUCGACCUGAAGGACUUGCCGCCUUUAGAUAGCUUUCCUACCCAAGAAGCGCCGUCCUACGACUCCGUGAGCAACGGUGUGGAAAUCAACCCGUGUGUCGGGUGCACUCGGCGAUGACGUGGCCGCGCUGGCGUCGCGUCGAUGGCGUGGAGGUCGACGCGACGAACGCGCCGUAAAUUUGAUUUCCGCACAGGUGAUCAACUUCAACCGCACGAAGGGCCGCGGCGCGCCGCACAGCUGUGUGAUGUGCGGGAAGCGCGGCCGGCCUCCCACGAAAGGCAAGGACCCGCCGGCCGACGACGACCGCGUCGUCAUCCCGACGCAGAACAAGGACGUCUGCAAGGUCUGCGACACGGUGACCUGGAAGCACAACCCCACGGGCGCCUACUUCAAGUGGUGCAAGGGCUGCAAGCGCUUCCACGAGAUCCACGCCUUCGCGGGCAAGCUCAAGGCCUCGAAGUGCGACGACUCGCGCGCCCGCGGCCGCGCGGGCUACAUGCGCCGCAAGGAGGACGGCGAGAACGCGUCCUAGUCCUCUGGCCUCCCCCCUGACAUUUAGAAGAAUAAUGCUGCUUAUUAUUGGUA